CCUAUACAAAGGUCAUACAAACCAGCAGCAACAACAGCGGCAAUUACAUUCCACUGGAGAAACAUAAGGAUCAAGCUGUGCCUUCAAUAGCAAUAAAUCAGACGAUUUGACCAAUUUUCUCACAUCUCUUUCAAACAUGCCACCUAAAAUGAGCUUCAAGCCUAGUUUUUCAGGCUCUGCACGAUCUCGCAAGAAAGUUGUAGUACCAGCUGAAGGCGAGGGCUCUGAUAACGAUGCACAAAUGGCCGAUGACAACUCAAUAAGUCCCACAGAUGAAGGUGGGAUUAUUGAGGAUGAAAUGCAGUUACAGGAGCGCUUGGAAGAAGAGCGCCUUCUGAAAAGGAAAUCGACCAAUGAUGAAAAUCACACUGUCCUACCCAGCGUCAGUACUAUUGUUACACCUCAUAAAGACUUGAGCGAAAGUGAGCAGAAAAAAGAAAGAGUUAAUUCAGUGAUUGAGCAACCAAGGAUGGACGAAUUAUCGCUCCAUGAUGAAUCUUCACCACCCACCUUUGAAAGUGCGUCGAUGGAUGUUGAUGGUGACAACUAUGAUCAGGAUACAGAUGCGACAAUGGAUACUGGAAGCAACAAGCUACCAGACUUUGCAGAUGAAGGAGAUGAACUCGUUAAAGAAAUACCUGUUUAUCUCUCGCAACGGCUAGCCAAGUAUCUUUAUUUGUUUCAGUAUCCAGUACGGGCUGCAGCUUUUACAUAUACUCGAGAAUCAAGCCCUAGCAAGGCUAGGAUUAAACCUAUUUCACAGUUGAUUGAGCUGGAAAUACCUCUGGACACCAAUGCGAGCCAGUACAACCGGGAAAGAGGAGAGGAACUAGCCUUGGGCAUGAAUGACAAGGCUCUCAGGACGGCAUUAGAUGAAGAGCCUGAUGAUGAUGAAGACAAGGAGUUAUUAGAUAAACAGACGUUAGUCUCUUCACUCAUCCCUAAUGCUACUAACUACCUCGCAGGUGUUCUGAGAAACGAUGAGAUGCAUUUAACGCCAUUCCAUGGCGCAGUACAGCUCCGCCCUAGCUUUAAAUACCUGGAUAAAAUUGAUGAGAAACAUAAGCAAGCCAACAAGAAAGUCAGUGAUGAGGAGAAUAAGGAGCUGCUAGCAAAGCAGAAGGUGGAACAGGAUCAGAAAGCGAAAGCUUUGCAGGUUCAGGUACGAAGUGCGACAGAUUCAGAGGCACGGAAGGCCAGUGGACCUAAUAAAGCACGUCUUGCAGAUGAAGAAAGCUGGACCAAACUGGACUACUUUGAUAUUGAAUCUUUAGAGUCAGAAAUCAUCUACGAUCGAAUGUUUGCAAGUCAUGUCGAUGACCUAGAGUGUGCGACAAGUGUGAACGAAUAUCUUGAUAUGGUUUCGUCUGCUAAUUCGCUUCGUAAUGUGAAGAUCGAGACUAUUGGAUAGUUUAUCAAGCAUGGGUUGAAAAUAAAGUUAAUUUUUACAUGAUGAUGUCAGUUAAGGGU